CCAGGCUCUGGUCCAGGCUCUGGUCCAGGUUCUGGUCAUUUCACGCCUUGACUACUGCAACUCCCUCCUGGCUGGUCUACCUGCUAAGGCCAUCCGACCUCUGCAGCUCAUCCAGAAUGCAGCAGCUCGACUGGUCUUCAGUCUCCCGAAAUUCACCCACACCACUCCAGACUACAGACCCACAGGCCCACAGACCCACAGACCCACAGACAGACCCACCGACCCACAGACAGACCCACAGACCCACAGACAGGCCCACAGACCCACAGACCAACAGACCCAGAGACCCACAGACCAACAGACCCACCCACAGACCCACAGACCAACAGACCCACAGACCCACAGACCCACAGAGCCAGAGUCUGUUGCGCUGUGCGUCAGAUCUCCUGUCAUUACUGUUCCGUGUUUUAUUUUCUUUCUGUCCACUUCGGGCUUCCGUACUCCAGGUGUGGCCCUGACACUCCGCCCACCUCGAACUCGUCCAGGCCGGACCGGUUGCUUCCCUCAGUCGGCCGAUCAGGAGGGAAGGUGAAGAUGUCUAAAAAAGAGCAAAAUAAAAGCGGCGACACCAUCGCGGAGAAGACUUCUGUUCCAAUAAAGGAGGAGCAUGGCGGCGACUCCACGAGGGAACAUUUACAUCAAUUCACGGUGAAGUUCCCUCCUGACAACAAAGAAUACACCAUUACCUGUGAUCAGUCUGGCACCGUGCUGAGGGCGCUGCAAUCAAGUGAUAGAUACAAGGAGCUCAUGUUUGAAGAUGAAAAGCUUGUGAUCCAGUUGGGUAAAGCGGAUAGGAAGAUUAUUAUUGCGACACAUUUCCCUUGUUGUUGUAUCAGUGAAGACGAAUGUCUCCUCAUAACAUGUGAAACAGAAACGGUUGAAGCGGCCCAACCAAACACAAUGGUGGAUUCAAGGGACGAGUGUUCUGUCUUCUACAUUGAUACAGUUGGGGGACUAAACACCAGACAAAAGCCGCUUUUCUUAAACAGCGCUCUCAAAAAGUUCAAGUACCUGUGUGUCUAUGGGGAGAAGGGGAUGACCGUGAAAGACGCUCUGAAAAGAGACGGUCGCUUCAUUGAUUUACUCGACAACUUCGAACUGUCUGACAAUAAGAAUCCACAACGUCUCACCGAAUGCUCUGAAAUAGUUGACUUGCUAAAUGGAAAAGAGUUUAAGAUACGUCUUCCAAGAUGCAAACAGGACAAGAGUAACAGUGACACAACCGCUGUGCUGGCUGUACUGAAGCAGAGAGCAACCAGCGCCGCAGAAGUAUUGGCCAAAAAAGACAACAGCGUCAACGUUGAUGAGGUUCAUGAAAUGCUGCGUAAUCAGUUCCCAGAUCUGAAAAAGCUGAUGGAGAGUAGAUUGUCCGUUGAUUCUUAUCAGAGAGCACCGGAGCUGAGGAAGGAAGACUUUGUGAAGAUCCAGAAGUCCUUCAGUGAAGUGCACAGAGUCAGGCAGCUGGUUAAACUCGGAGAAUCAGUUUGCAAAGUGGUUGUUGAAGGAUUUGGUGAGGGAACGGGUUUUGUGCUGUUUGACAACUUCAUCCUGACUAACGCACACCUUUUCAAAGAUUGUGUGGAAGAAGGAAGGCUGAAGAGCGAGACAAAGGUGUAUGCUCUAUUUAACUAUGAGGAUCCUGAGCCGCACAUGAAGUACAUCUGCUAUCCAGUGAAUGUAAAGUUGUGUCGCUACGACCCGGAUAAGCUUGACUAUGCCAUACUUGAGAUCGAUCCUGAGGGCCUGAUAUCCUUUAAGGGCCCAACGCCAACUCAGCAGAUCAAGGUGCCACCAGGGCUCCUGAAGGUCUUUGGUCCAAUGCCGUCAGACGGGGAAGCCUGUAUUGUUGGUCACCCGGCAGGAAGUGUGAAACAAAUGGAUCCAACAUGUAUCAUUGAGAAAGAGCAGCGGCAGCCGGCUGUCAAUGAUCAACUAUCUCCAUACACAGACACUCUUUUCACUCUUAUGUCAAUCACUCGCGUUUUAGGAGAUCAAGGCAUCAACAACGUAAUGAUGGACGGAAAGCUAGCGGACAAAGUGGUGACGUACAACACGUUCAUGUACCACGGAGCUUCUGGCUCUCCGGUGUUUGACGCUCGUUGUCGAGUGUUUGGUUUGCACACCGCAGGAUUUCUCUUUGGGUUCCCAAAAGACACAAAGAGUGUGUUAGAGUUCGCCCAACCUCUGCUGACCAUAUUUAAAGACUUUGUGAGGUGGCUGAAGGAACAAAGAGAUGACGAUUUGUUGCAGAGAGUUAAGGAGGCAGCAGAGGGAAACUCAUACUUACAGGAAGUACUCAACGCAACAGACACAGAAAGCCCGACUUUCAAAGACGAGCCAAUUGAAUAGGCGAUUUCCCCGGUAGAGGCCCGUUUGAGUCUGUUUCCUGUCAUGUGAUGAGCACUCGAUUUUAGCCUGAAAUUUCUGGUGGGGCGAUUUUGUAUGACGUCAUGUUUUCUUCUUCUUCUUAGUCACGGGGUACAGGUCUCGCGGUUUUUCCAUUAUUCCAGUCUAGUUGCCAGGCAGAUUUCGUGGGGCGGAUCUGAGCGUUAACUUUGGCCUGUGUGUUGCGCUCAUUGGUGUUUCCAUGGUAACGGAGGGACAGCAGAGAGCAGCGUUUAACCAGCAAGAGUCGUGUUACUCCAAAACAAGGC